AUGUCUCCCGGUGAUGAGAAAACACCGAAUAUUGAUGUGACCAGCCCUCCGCAAGACGAAGAAGAUAUUGAUCUAGAUGACCUGUGCGCCAUUUGCCACCUCCUUCUUUAUCGACCGGUUCGGACACGAUGCGGUCACACGCUCUGUGAAUCAUGUAUGGCCCAUUGGGCAGAUGUUUUAAUCACGUCCCAAAUGACAACCGUGGGACUGGAUGACCGAGCCGUCGUCCUCCUACCGAACGAGAUUGAGACGAGAUGUCCCUUGUGCCGGACGCCGACCACGGCGACGUUAGAUCCUGACAGAGAGACGGCCUUGCAAAGACAGUAUCUAGCCGCUUAUCAAGCACGCGAGACCGAGAGCAGAACGGCUCAAGAAGAUGAUUUCGGUGAGAGUAUCGAGACGCUAACGGUGUACAUCGGGAACGAGCAUUCAUUGGUCAGAACUGAGGGCGAGUCUCAUAACAAACACCAUUGGAAGUUCUUUGUGCGACCUUCGAGGACAGAUUUUAUUGAAGAGGUGCAGAUAUUCCUACAUCCAACGUUCCGUAACCCUCGCGUUAUCGUCCAAUAUCCUCCUUACGAGAUACGUCGAUUGGGCUGGGGUUACUUCACCAUUCUUGCUAAUGUUAUACUGAAAGCGGGAUAUAGCUGGGUGAGUGCCGACGCUGAAGACACGCCGGAUGGCGGUCGCAAAGGGAAACUACCCUUGGAAUGGACCUUGGAUUUCAACGGGCGAGGGUCUCAAGGUCGCUUGAGGUUGAAAGUUAAGAAAGAGAAAGAGGGCCAACAAGCCGAAGAUGAGGUGCAGCACGAGCAGGUCAGACGGCUUGGGGCGAGGCAAAGAGACACAGACCCCGAUUGGGUGGACCCUGACGAAGCGGGAGCCGGAAGUUGA